UGUGGAGACCGAUCAGCCGUUCGGCGGCAUUGCAAGGUAAAGAGCGCGCACUGGUGCGGGGGAUCAGUUUGGAGAGCGUUUAAUUACAAUUUGAAGCCGCUGUCGCGUUGRUUGCGUGCGAUAGUCUCCACAAUCGAGAAGAAUAACAAAAGCCAGCAAUCAGCGUUGGACUUGAAACUCUGAAGCUCGAUCGAAGCUUUGUUGUGGCGUCCACGGUCUACUCRCUAUCAGUCGUGGCCACAGCUGUGACGGUUGAACAAGCAACGCUCGGCGAACGGAGCUCGAUCAGCGCCCAGCGAUUACCGUGUAAAGCAAACAACAACGAAUCACGYUGCCGAUUGACAAAGCAAAAGUGAAAAACAAAAAAAAAUAAAAGCAAAAUAAUAAACCGAUAAUUUAAUAAGCAGACAACAAAAACAAAAAAUUUAUGGAAAAGUGUAGUGAAGAGAAGCAAACGAAAUAAAAACACUUAAAUUUAGUUAAAGUAGGAAGCAAUAUAGCGUGUUUUUCGGGCUUUGGUUAUUUGUAGACGACACUGAAUCGUGUACAAACAAACGUAUAUCCAGUGGAAAUACCAGUCCGAGUGUGGAUUUGAGUUUUCGCUUGGGCSCACACGACGCACGUGUUGAUGUCGCGGAUGUGAUAAAAGCGCGCAGCCUAAACAGUUGGUGUACACGGCAUACUCAAGCUUCUGGGAAAUUCUAUAAAGUGUGCCAAAUUAAAAAAAAAAAAAAGCAGAAAUAUCAAUUUUUUUUUUGUGCUGUGCACCAAGUGCGCCUUGUGCCUUGAAUACUCUACCUAAUUUAUUGCUGUGACAAAGCGUAUUGCGCUGAUUCAGGAAUUUAAAAAUGUCCCACACAACUUCUUGGUGCUCGCGGCCGGCUUUGCCGCUUUUGUUCUUCACUUAUUUGUUUCUGAUAGUUAGCCCCAUUGCUGGSUAUACUUACGAUUAUCGCGCAAAUCGCCAAAAACGCUCGCCCAAUGAAGCUAAGAAGGUAACAAAAGAUUUCGAAGCGAAUUUGGAUCGAAUUUUCAAAAUUGGUAGUGAYACGGGACUUGUACUUUUCAACGACACUUCGCAAUCGGCACAAACUGAUGUUAUGUUUAAAGUGCAAAGAUCACCCGACGGCAAACUGAACGUGAUUUUUAACGAUUUUCUCAUUUUCCAGACGACAACUGCAGGUACACCCACCAAUAACAACUACAAUAAUAACCAAAAUAUACAACACARCAAUCGCAAUAAUGACGCGAUUAUCUUUUCCGAUGAUGGGUAUCUCUGCCGUGAACGACUGAAGGGAAAACCAUAUUGUUUGGACGUGCCAAAUUAUUUGGAGUCUUCGCGGUUGGAUAAAAUUGAUGAGGACAAUUUUGAGAAAUUCAAAUCAUAUUUCAAAGAUGAUGUCGUGCCACCGCCAGACAUAACGCAACGUAUGAACUCGGAUCCGCAGGAGGAGUACUAUUGCACCAGCAGAUCGCAUUUAAUAUAUCCGAAAUCUGCGGAAACGAUGGAAUCCAAAUGGCUGUUGGUCGUGCAACACGAGAACCACAAGCAGGGUAUUUUGGUGGAACAGUGCGACGAUGAGGACAAGCCCUGUCGAUUUCAGGAGUUAUUGCCGAAAUUCUACACAUCGCGUUGUAAGCAGAAUUACAUCUAUAGAACUAUGGUUGUGUCGGUAGACGGCAAGCUGCGGGAGGAGCAAGUAAAAAUGCCCAGCUGCUGCAAAUGUGUGUUACGUUACAGUCAGAAUUGAGUCUAAAAGUCCUGCAAUGCAUACAGACAUACAUACAUAUAGAACGUGUGUGUGAAGGCUCAGUUCAGAGUGUUGCACAUGGCUAUAUGAGCGCUGGAAUUAGUUAACGCAYUUUAAGCGGGCUUUAUGUUUUCCCUGGUGAAUCUAGAAUACGUAAAAUAUAAUUCACAGUGCCAAUAACUAUUGUAAAUUACAUAAGUUUGUAAGUAGAAACGAAAAAAUUGUAUAGCGACAAAAUGAUGYACUUCAACAUUAUAUUUAAUAGCUCAUAGGAAUUAGUUAAAGUUUUUAUAUUGUAUUUUAAUUGAAAACAAACAAAAACAAAACUACAACUUUUGUGAACAUUUUUAUACUUUAGCAUAUACUACAAUGUGUAUUUUAAAUAAAUUUUAAAAUUUAUUUUAACUAAAAACAAACUACUUUUAUAAUGCUGCACAAAGAGCACUCAGAAAAUUAAUAAUCUAGAUGAUACUAUGGCAAAAAAUUGUAAGACUUUUUAAUUUAAAUUUCAUGCGGAAAUCUAUUCGUCGAAAUUUUUUUUGUUGGUAUGACUAUCAAUGACAUCUGUGACCAAACUCUUAUCAAAAUAAUCAUUAAUGAUAGUAUAGGCUUGUUUUUCUGGAGUACAUGAAAUGCAUUCGACGAUUUUUUGUUGAGUGAAAUUAUUCAAAAAGAAGAAGAAGAAGUUCAGAAUGUUGAAAAGGCCUUGAUAAUUAUUUGUUGCUCACUAUUGUUUUUGAUUGGUMCAAAUUAUUUAAGGCGGGUCGAGAACGCACCACGUCUAGACGGCCAUCAACACGUCAAUAAAAUAAAGGAGUAGGUACUUGAGAAUCCCAUUUUGAACGAUUAUUUGAGCUUAUGAACAGUGAAAGCACAAUCUCUUCCAAAAUCACUAAUUUUGUUUUUAAACAGCGUCGCGUUAACGUCUGUGAGGCAAUGCUUUCCGACUACCAGGAUGUCAUGAAACGUAUUAUUACUAGAUCUAUACACACUACCCAGAAGCAGACGAUCAUCGAAAUCGCAAUCGGCACAAAAAUCCAAAAAACCAAGUCAAAAGAUGUUAAAAACCUAGGUUCUGGUCACAGUUUUCUUCGAUUAUCAACUGUCAACAAGGAAUACUAUUUGAGUAUCAUGCGUCGUUUGCGGGAAACUCUUCGUAUUAAGAGGCCUGAAUAAUGGGCAGACAACUAUUGGUUAAAAUU